GUUUCCGCCAUUUUUGAAAAUCGUGAAGGUCCUGAGAUAAGUGUAGUUGCUGCUGCGAUGGCAGCCUUUGCCGUGGAAUCCCAAGCGCCCGCACUUGGAUCUGAACCAAUGAUGCUGGGUUCACCCACCUCUCCAAAGCCAGGAGUUAAUGCUCAGUUCUUACCUGGAUUUUUAAUGGGGGAUUUGCCAGCUCCAGUGACUCCACAACCUCGAUCAAUUAGUGGCCCUUCAGUAGGAGUAAUGGAAAUGAGAUCACCUUUACUUGCAGGUGGGUCACCACCACAACCAGUUGUACCAGCUCAUAAAGAUAAAAGUGGAGCUCCACCGGUUAGAAGUAUAUAUGAUGAUAUUUCCAGCCCAGGACUUGGAUCAACUCCUUUAACUUCAAGAAGACAGCCAAAUAUUUCAGUAAUGCACAGUCCUCUUGUUGGAGUUACAACUACUACUCUUGGAACAGGACAAAGUAUGUUUAGUCCGGCAAAUAUUGGCCAACCACGAAAGACUACAUUAUCUCCUGCCCAGUUGGAUCCUUUUUAUACUCAGGGAGAUUCUCUGACUUCAGAAGAUCACCUCGAUGACACUUGGGUGACUGUGUUUGGGUUUCCUCAAGCAUCUGCAUCCUAUAUUUUAUUACAAUUUGCACAAUAUGGGAAUAUCUUAAAACAUGUGAUGUCUAACACAGGAAAUUGGAUGCAUAUCCGUUACCAAUCUAAAUUGCAGGCCCGGAAAGCCUUAAGCAAAGAUGGGAGGAUUUUUGGAGAGUCUAUCAUGAUUGGUGUAAAACCAUGUAUAGAUAAAAGUGUCAUGGAAAACAGUGACAGAUGUGCUUUGUCAUCUCCACCUCUAGCCUUUACCCCACCAAUCAAAACCUUAGGGACACCAUCCCAAUCUGGAAGUAAUCCUAGGAUUUCUACCAUGAGACCUCUUGCUACAGCAUAUAAAGCUUCUACUAGUGACUAUCAGGUUAUUUCUGACAGACAAACGCCAAAAAAAGAUGAAAGUCUUGUAUCCAAAGCAAUGGAGUACAUGUUUGGUUGGUAGUAUAAUAAAAGUGGAGGAUUCAGCUACAAAAAUGAAGGUUGAUACACUAAAAAAGAGUUAGCACAGUACUGCCAGUUUCCUUCGGUUAGUUAUAUAACCACUCUUGGCACAUUGGGAUGCUAUCUCAUACUUCUUUUAGAAGGCUUUUACUUUAAGGAUAUAGCAUAUUUGUAGCUUGCACUUUAAAAAGAUGCAUAAAAUAAAUUUUUCUGAAACUGAAAAUCCCUGUAAAUCAGAUUUUGUGCUUUCUGUGAUAGUGCAUGCUUAAACACAAAAAACCCCAGCACUGAUUACUGUAAAUUAUAUUACUGAAUUUGUGAGGAGACUUCUUAGUCUUCAUAAGAAGCUUGGGUAAAUUUCAUGAAUGGGAAUUGUGCAGCUGCUUCUACCAAGACAUAAAGAUUAUACUUAGCAGUUGGAAUUAUGGUCUUUUAAUUUAGAUAGUAUUUAAUAUUUUAAUUAUCCUUGCUUUUGUAUAUGUCCUUUUGUGACUUGUCAUUUUUCAGUGUUCUAAAUCUGAAAUAGUCUUUUUAAAUACCUACUACCUUACUACUCAAGUACUUGAGUUUCUUGAUAAUAAAAUGUGUUAAUUAUAUGUAUUAAACAUUUUUGAAAGGGUGACUUAUUUUUAAAAAUUAUGAAUAGUUUUAAAUAUUCACUGAAGUAGAGAGAAUGUGUCAUGAGCCUCCAAUAUCUGUAAUCAGUUUUAAUAACCAUCAGUAUUUUGCCAUACUUGUUUCUUCUUACCCCCUUUUAUUUUGUUUAAAACGCAUUUCAUAUGUCAUUUUAAUCUAAAUACUUAAGGAUGUAUCAAAAUUUUUUUUUCAUGUGUAAUUAUGAUGUCAGUAUCACAUCUAACAAAUAUUAAUAAUAUUUCUUAAUUUUUAAAAUAUCUAACAUACAGUCCAUUUUCAAAUUUCCCAGUUAUAUACAAAAUAUAUUAAUGGUUGGUUUUUCCAGACUAGGCUUACACACUGUAUUUGGUUGUUUUGUCUCUUAGUGUCUUGCAAUCUAAUCUUGUCCUCCCUCUCCCUGAUACCACCCAAUAUAUCAUUACUUGUUGAGGAAACCAGAUGACUUGUCUGUGGAGUGUAUAGCUUUAUAUGUAUGUGCGUGUUUUAAAUAUAUAUAAAUAAUUUUUUUUCACUAUUUCAA